GAUGUUCGACUGCGGAUGCUCUCUAGGUGUCAGUCGAUUCCUCGGCUUUGCCAGCAUGUUGCCAAAGGAGCCGUCGGAGGGAGGACUGGAUGGCUCUGAGCCCUCUGCCAAUGGACAACGCUUCUUGGACUGGCUUCGUAAAAUCGAGGUGGAUGUCGUUGUGUUUGACAUGGACUGCACCAUGGGCUCUGGUCACUGCGGCGGCGGCAUUUUAAAGGAAGCAGCCCCCGAGUACAUUGCCGGAGCGAGUCCUGACUUUGUAGAGGCAUUGCGACUUCUAGCCGCAGAGCCGGAUUUGCGCCUCGCCGUGGCAACCAACAGCGACCCUGAGGAGUACAAUCUUGAGGGUCAGAGCCACGAGACGCACAUCUUGGGACCUGAUCUUGCAACAGAGCUGAUCAAGCAUUGGUGCCCUGAGGCGCUUCCCAAGUUCGAGGUGAUGGUCGGCUACGACCCGUCCCUACCUGAGCACGCGGACGAUCCCAUGCUGCCAGGAAAAACUUGGCAUAUGCGGAAGAUCGCCGAUUUCUAUGGCGUGGCCGCAAAGAGAAUGGUCUUGUUUGAUGAUUCGGCUCCAAACCUGGAGACCGACGACGGCUGGCGAGGGGUCCUGAUCCGCGACGGCCACGUGGGUUUCCAAUUCGCAGAUUGCUUCGCUGAUGACCUGAUGGCUCAGGAGGCGAGUAAGCUUGAGUAG